AUGGUACUACAAAACGUGAUUGGCGUGACUAUGAUUGAAGUGUCGAUGAAUUGUAAUAGUAUAUUAGCGGAACCGCCGUCGAUGUGUGACACAGAUAUCGACGAUUUGAUACAACACUCUCACGACAACCAAAGCAAUGAUGACUUUCCAUCUGAAUAUUGCGAUGACUUCGAAGAAUAUGAAUCAGAUUUCGAGGAAGAAGACGAAGAAGACAACGAAGACAACGACCGCAACAGCAAACAACACACUCAACACAUAUCUGACGAAGAAGAAGAAAAAGUUGAUUCUCCUUUACAAGAUGAAGUGGAACUGAAGAGGAAUGAAGUGAUGAAUAGGAGUAAAGAACUGCUGGAAAUAAUCAAACUUGAUAAAAUAUUAUUCACAAAUUUUGAUUUGCCACCAAUUAAUUACGAUAUGUUUAUCAAGACAUUUGGUCGCAAAGACGCAAAACAAGUCUCGUGUCAGACCAUUGAUCGCGAAGAUAACGAAACACAAACCGAUUCAUUGGAAAUAUGCACAAAAUGGACACAAAAUCCUUCGGCGACGCGAUUAGUGGCCGGAAAUGAGAGCCAAUUAAAUGAUAAAUUGUCUUCAAAUUCAUAUCCAAUUCCUAAAUCAGAAAAAGUACUGAUUUGUCGGUCGCAUAUAAUGAGCGCUUUUGCUGAACAAUAUUUAGUGGUCGGCGCUAUGAUUGACGGCUCGCUAGCGCUUUGGGAUCUCAACGAAGUCUCCAAUUCUUUUAAAGAGAUUAUAAUCGAUAACCAAAUGUUUGUAUUGAGGACUCCAUCAUAUAAUUCCGCGCUUACGGCCACUGAACACAACUGUCCGGUUGUGGCCAUUAAAAAGCUGUCGUACAGCGAAUCCAACGAUGAAUCCAUUCAUUUUCUAACUGUUGAUGAAAAUGGGAUUCUAGUUAUUUGGGCCAUCCAUGACAUCAAAGGCGUUGAUUUGGACAUAAAGUCACUGAAGAUAACAACCCUCGAGUGUCAACCAAAUGAUUGGUCAAACUUUUACUGCGGAACAGAUAAUGGUUUAGUUAUUCGUCACACAAGACAACAAGAAUUGAUCACAAAAUUGCCAAAAGUUUACCAAAAGAGUCAAAUGAAUAGUUUAUGGACUAAAGUAGCGAUUAUUAACAAUGAAUGUAUGGAAAGGACUUAAAACAUGCUUGACGUUUGGAUGCGAUUGCGGGC